CCGCCCUUCACGCUCGAAAAAACCUCACCGGCGAAUCGAUCGCAUCUACUACCUACCACAGCCUAAUCCCACAAUGAAGUUCUUACAACGAUUACCGCGACUAUUAUUUCGACCUGCGUGCGGUACACCACUACAUAUCUCACGAACAGCGAUCCGCCACAGCUCCAGUUCCAGCUCCAGCGCCCCGCAAAAAACCUUCUACACGCUCUUCCCGCGCAGCAUCCCUUGCGGCGCACCGCCGCGCGGGCCGUUCGACAUCGACCUGCGGGCGCUGCAGCGCGAGUUCUUCACGCUGCAGCAGAUCUCGCACCCCGACGUGUCCUCGCGCCAAUCCCCCGCCGCCGCGGACGACGUCGACUCGUCGUACAUCAACCACGCGUACAGCACGCUGCGCGAUCCCCUGAGCCGCGCGGUAUACCUGCUGUCACUCCACGGGAUGGAUGUGGCAGAGGACACUGGCAUGGGAAUGGACGAUAAGGAGUUGCUUAUGGAGGUGCUGGAGGCGCAUGAGGUCAUUGAGGAGGCGCGCAAGAGGGAGGAUCUGGAGGUGCUCGAGAGGGAGGCUAAGGAUAGGGUGCUCGAGAGUGAGAAGGCCGUUGGCGAGGCGUGUGAGGGCGGUGAUUGGGAGGCGGCGAGGAAAGAGGCCGUUAGGUUGAGGUACAGGAGGAACGUUAAGGAGGCUGUCGCGGCGUGGGAGGAGGGAAAGCCGGUGGUGUUGAUGCAUUGAUGGAAGAAUAUUGUUCACCAAAUGUUUUGCGCAAGACCGGUGGAGGUGCCUCCACUGCAAAAAGAGGAACAGGUGAGCAGUCCUGGAAGAUGGAUUAGCUUGUUGAAUAUGUGUACGAGUACCCGCUGCGACAGAGGAGGAGGAGGAGCACACGAGAGAGAGAGAGACGGACUGGACUUAAGAGUAAAGUAGAAUAUAGUA